UUAUUUACUAUACUCAAUGGUGGCUUGGAGGAUACCACAAGGGGGUUCCGAACUACGAAGUCAACCAUUUCAUCAGCCAGCAGAUAUCUGAUAUACGCAGUGCAAUGAUAACACCCAACUGGAGUGCACGCAUGUCGCGCGUGCGCCGUACACAGUUCGCGUAGUGCUCCGCCCGGCCCCCGACGAGGUUCUCCUCGGCGGCGCCACUGCUGCGAUAUGAAGUGAAACGAAUGGUAACAAUGCAAAUGAAAGUAAUCAUGAACCUAACCUCACUAAGUCAUGUACACUUCCAAACAAUGAUAAAGGUACUUGCAAGAUCUUAACAGAGUGUGAUGCCGCGACAAAAAUUUUUACCAAGAAAAAUAGAACAAGUGAGGACGAGAAUUUCCUAAGGAAAACUUACUGCGGACAUGCAGGGCAAACACCUAUGGUGUGCUGUCCUGAGUCAGAGAAGUUCUCCUGCACGACGCCCGACAACAAGACAGGGGAGUGCGUUAACAUACAGAAGUGCACAUACCUCGCCGAGAUACAGGAUGAUCCACUUAAUGAAGGGGAGACGGUGUUCCUCAAGAAUUCUGUUUGCGCCGGCCCUGAAGAAAACAGCGUCUGUUGCGGCUCAGAAGGAUCGUCAGUAGAUGUGGAUAGUCUUGGCAAAAAUGUACCGGUAACUUGUGAACAAUCAGCGUUUCCCCCGGACCCUGACAGCGACUGCUGCGGCUUGGACUCCAGCGUGAGUGAUAAAAUCAUUGGUGGCACCGCAACUGGCAUCAACCAGUACCCUUGGCUAGUGAUAAUAGAAUACGCCAAACUGGAAACAUCGAGACUGUUGUGCGGCGGAUUCCUCAUCAGCAACAAAUACGUCCUCACCGCGGGUCACUGUGUCAAGGGACCUAUUUUGGAAGCGGGAACGCCUAAAUACGUUCAUCUUGGAGAAUACAACACGACGAAUGAGGGACCCGACUGCGUUUCGAGUGGUGCGGGCCAACCGGAUUGCAACGAAGGCAUUAUACGGGCAACAAUAGAUGAGAUUAUACCUCAUCCGGACUACCUAAAGCCAAACAAUUUUUAUGAACAGCACGACAUAGCCCUCAUCAGACUCAAGGUCUGGGCACCUAGAACAGAAUUCAUCCGUCCCAUUUGCCUGCCGAAGAUCGAUCAUACACUGUCACUGCCACCAAACUACAAGUUCCAAGUUGCGGGUUGGGGACGAUAUUAUCAAGAUUUUGUAAAUAAAAUAUUCAAAGCAAGUGAAGUAAAGCUGCAUGUUGAUGUACCCUAUGUUAAUCAUGGGGACUGCCAAAGGAAAUUGCGGACUAUACCAAACCUAUACAAGUUAUCAAACGGCAUAAAAGUUUCUGUUAAUGUAACUUUGUGGAAUGGCCAGCUUUGCGCAGGUGGCGUAGCGGGUAAAGACUCCUGCAAAGGUGACUCCGGCGGCCCUCUGAUGUAUGAGAAUGAGAGAAAGUACACAGCUGUAGGGAUGGUGAGCUACGGGCUGGGAGAAUGUGGUAUCGGAGGAUAUCCCGGUGUAUAUACAAACAUAUACCCCUAUCUCCCGUGGAUCAAAGCAACAAUAAGGGAAUAAGAAUAUCACAUAUCUUCGGAUGUACUUCGUUCAUAAGUAAAAGUCAAAACUAAUUACUUACCUAAUAACUAUCAGCUGUUUCCAACAAACGAUCCUCAUCUCGAUCUUCAAUCCGAUUCCGAGAAUAAACCAAUUAAGAUAACUCGUAUGUAAAAGUGUCAAAAAUCUUUGUUCUGAUUGGUCAAUGCUGACAUAGAUCGAAGAGUGCGAUUUGGAUCAUUUAUUGAAAUUGCUUGAAACGAAUAGCCUUUCACACGAUAUGUAUAUAGUAAAAUUUGUUCUGAUGUUUUAUUUAAAACAGCUCAUUUAUAAUAUAGUACCAACUUGUGUUAUUAUUACGGCUUAUGUUUGUGAAUGAUAUCAAAAUAAAAUGAAGUUUAAAGAUAUAA